UCAAGUACCAACAGGAUGAGGUGGUAGGGCAAACUCAGGAUACUUGAAACAGAAGCCAUCAUGCUUUCUCAGGGCAUAGAGACACUUUGACACAAUACUCACCCAAGCUGGGAUUCUCUGUCCACUGAUGGACAGCUUGACUCCUCUUCUUCAUUUGUGAUGUUUGGUGGACUCAGAGCCUAGUCUAGUUCAGGUUCUGGAUCAACUGACUCAACCGACGCCUGGAUUUUCUCAGGCCUACUUCCUUCAGGUGUCAAUUUUUCCAAGCUAAAGGAGGAAGAGCCAUGUCUUCACUUCUCUGCAAUCCUCGUAUGCAACUGGAUGACAAUCUUAUUCAAAUGCAACAAGGAACAAUGAUGCGCAAGGUGAAAUCCAAGAACUGGAAGAAACAACGAUACUUCAUGUUGCAGCAGGACUGCAUGACAGUCUGGUACAAAUCUAAGAUGUCUGGCAAAGCCAAAUCAGCCUUUUCUGUAAGUGAUGUGGAGACAAUCCGUGAAGGACAUCAAUCAGAGGUGCUGCGAAGUCUGGCUGAGGAAUUCCCUGCUGAGUGUUGUUUCACUGUUGUCUUCUAUGGGCGGCGAAGCAAUCUAGACCUCAUUGCCAGUUCAGCAGAGGAGGCUCAGUGUUGGAUCCAAGGUCUGAGGCGCCUCAUAGAGAUAGUCAUUAACAUGGAUCAGAAAGAAAGGCUUGAUCAAUGGAUCUGUGACUGGUUUUUAAAAGCUGAUAAAGACAACAAUGGGCGGAUGAACUUCAAAGAGGUCCAGCACUUGCUCAGAAUGAUGAAUGUGGAUAUGAAUGAAGACCAUGCCUUCCAGCUCUUCCAGAUGGCUGACAAAUCAGAAACAGGGUCGCUGGAGGGAGAGGAAUUUGUGCUGUUCUACAAAGCACUAACUCAGCGGGAUGAGGUGCUUGAGAUUUUCCAGGAGUACUCUGAAGAUGGGAAGAAGCUGACCCUCUUGGAAUUUGUGGACUUCUUACAACAGGAGCAGAUGGAGGUUGAUGGCACCGAUGAGCUUGCAAUGGAACUGAUUGACAGAUACGAACCAUCUGAGACUGGCAAAGCUCGUCAUAUCCUGAGCCCAGAUGGAUUCCUCAUAUACCUCUGCUCACCAGAUGGCUCCAUCUUCAACCCUGAGCACAGGAAGAUCUUCCAGGAUAUGUCUCAGCCUCUCUGCCAUUAUUUGAUCUCUUCCUCUCACAACACAUAUCUGAUUGAAGACCAGCUGCGAGGACAAAGCAGUGUUGAAGGAUAUAUCAGGGCUCUCAAACGGGGCUGCCGGUGUUUAGAGGUUGAUUGUUGGGAUGGAUCAAACGGAGAACCAAUUGUCUAUCACGGCUAUACAUUCACUUCUAAGAUCCCGUUCCGUGAUGUUGUGACAACUCUUGAGAAAUAUGCCUUCUGGGUUUCUGAUUACCCCAUCAUUCUGUCUAUCGAGAAUCACUGCAGCAUAGAACAACAAGACAUCAUGGCACAACUGCUGAAAGGCAUCCUGGGAGAACGCCUCCUCAUCAACACCAUUGAUGACCUUGUUCCUGUGCAAUUGCCUUCACCUGAAGAAUUGAAGGGCAAGAUCAUUUUAAAGGGCAAGAAGAUUGGAUAUCUGGAAGAUUCUCUGAAUGAGCAUCCAGACAAGAUGCCUGAACGGGAAGAAGUUAUUGAGGAGGAAGGAAAUGAGAUAGAAGAAGAAGCCCUGCGCAGUGAAGACAAGAGAAAAGAGAAGAAAGGUAAACAUUCCCUCUCCAAGGAACUUUCAGAUUGUAUUAUCUACUGUAAGAGUGUACCUUUCUGCAGCUUCCAGCAUUCUUGCAGCCACUACAAGUCAUAUGAGAUGUCUUCCUUCACGGAAUCCAAAGCUCGCAAGCUCAUCCGAGAAGCUGGGAAUGACUUUGUCCGCCAUAAUACCUGGCAACUGACACGGAUCUUCCCCAGUGGGUUACGGACGGACUCUUCCAAUUUCAACCCCCAGGCGAUGUGGAAUGUGGGGUGUCAACUGGUGGCCCUGAAUUUUCAAACGGCUGGUACAGAGAUGGACUUGUAUGAUGGACUUUUUAGUCAAAAUGGCCACUGCGGUUAUGUGUUGAAGCCAAGUUUCAUGAGGGAUAGAGAGACAGCCUUCAGCCCUGAGGACCCCCAAAGCAGGGGUGAAGGUAACCCCUUGAGCUUAAUUAUUAAGAUCAUUAGUGGACAGCAGCUGCCCAAGAUUCCCAACAGCAAAGAAGGCUCCAUUGUGGAUCCAUUCGUGCGAGUGGAGAUUCAUGGGAUCCCUUCUGACAAUGCCAAGCAGGAAACCAAAUAUAUUGACAACAAUGGUUUUAACCCACAGUGGGGUGAGUCCUUUCGGUUCUACGUGUGGGUCCCAGAACUGGCCCUUCUACGUUUUGUGGUGGAAGAUUAUGACAAGGCAUCUCGGAAUGACUUUGUGGGGCAGUAUACACUACCUCUCACCAGUGUCAAAGCAGGAUACCGCCACAUCCAUCUUCUUUCGAAGGACGGCACUGGGAUCUCACCAGCAUCACUCUUUGUCCACAUUCAGAUAAGGGAGUUGGCAACUGAGAACGAUUAAAUCGCAUUUCUGCAUCACACAAUGCAACUCUUCCUUCUCUGCCCCCUUUGGUUUGGAGAAUGAGGGUGAAUGAAGGAGACAAGAAUUAAGGUGUUUGUUUUUUUAAAAAUCACCCUAUCUGCCAACCAUUUCUUACUUCUAUGCAGAAUGGAAUUUGGACACAUUGUUUUCCACGAGUACAUUUAUUUUUUUAAAAAAAGAAUACCAAUUGUAUUAUUUCGCUUGUUUAUUUAUUUUUAUGACUGUGAUUUGCUCAGGUCUCACCUUAUAAUCUACCUCCGCCUUGUAAGGAAUCCAGCCUACCUUGCCCUGACAGAGCAAAAUUCUUUUAAUAAUGUUUUCUAUAAUCGUGGACUUACCAGGAGAGCUUUCUUAAAGUACUAUUCACCAGGCCUUGAGCCAGAAGAAAUGUAUGCUGGCUUAAACUGUGCUGCUUUUAUUGCUGAUUCUGCAAUAGUAAUGAGGCUGGUGAAAGCUUUAUCCUAUUGUGGGCUAAGUCUAAGAAAAGAAUGGAUGUAUUUUUUUCCCCUAGCCUGGUUUCCCUUACAGGUUCCAGUAGGAAAACAGUCACUAAUCACUCUCCCUUAUAUAGAUCAGAACUGGGUGACCAAAGAAAGGUGCUUAAAAUGAUGAAUUAGCCACCUGUCAGGUAGGGAGGGAUAUGUGGCAUGAAGCAGGAGAAAAAGGGUCUCUAAUCUUCCUGUUUGGUGCAACUUUUUCUCUUCAACUGUGACAUGGCAAACAAGUUUUUUCUAAAAACAAGACUACUACAUUGUAGAAAGAGUACAAAACCUCUGUUCAAACAUAAUGUGGCUGAGCUGCAUAGAAAGGAAAGAAGAUGACCUUGACAGAAUCAUUAGCCAGGCAAAGGAAGCUGAGACAUUUUUUAAGCCUUGGGAAAGAAGAUAAUAUUCAAGAGCAGAUGCUCCUUAAU